UGACGUACAAGCUGAGUGGCAGGGCCACAGGGACGGUGGUUCCGCACAACAACGACUCGUUGGUGAAGCCGUUGUCGCAGACGUUGAAACAGGAUUUUGACCGCUACAACCAGAUUCUCGACGAGCACAACAUGAAUUUGCGCGAGGCUGAGCAAAUAUUGCGAUAUUUGAAGGUAAAAUCCGUGAAGGACGAGGAAAUGAAGAAAAUCAAGCAGGAGGAGGCCGAGAUGAAGAAGAAGAUCGAGGGGGAGGCGUCCAGGAAGAAGCUGGAGUUGGAGCAGCGGCGGACCGAGCAACAGCCGAGUGGCGAUGCAAACGACAUGUUUGGAUCAACAGACGACCUGAUGAACCUGGAUUUGGACAAUUUCCGCACAGAUUUCUUGGACUUUGGCGAGACCAGCGAGCGGCCGCAGAACGACGAUAUGAUGAAAGAUAUCUUUGAGAUGAAGACAGCAGAUAACAGCGAGCCGUCUGCGAUGGACUCGCUCACAGAUCUGAACCUCGACUUUCUGGAUCAGCCCGCCCAGGCCGGCCCUGAGCCCGCUGCUCCUGCGCAGGAGGAUGACGCCGGGCUGAUGCCUACAGACCAGAUGGAAAACCUAUUUUCGCAGUUCGACGAGCUCGUCAAUAGUGGAGAUUACUAGAUUGUCGUGUACUAUAU